UUUGUUUCCGUCUCUCAGCAUCCCACUCAUGUCAACAUAGCCCAGCGCCAACCUAUCGUAUAUACACUGUCCACCGCUUCUCCCCAGCUCGCCCUUCAGCAACACCACCAUGGACAGAGACACGGAGUUAAUCGCAGGUCCAAGCCGUCCCGCCGUCUACGAACCGGUAUCGGUCCAAGACACUUCAUUCGACGCUCCUCCCGGUUAUUCCCAAAGUGAACGUACAUACGAUGCUGAACCUAGUGGAUAUCAAACCGGAAAUCCAUCUUUUUCAAGAGAUCCAACGUUUGAGCGAAAUAGAACGAGUAUAGAUGGGGUUAACCAUCAACAUGAAGGACAUCGACAUGCGACGUUGGCUAUGAAGAAGGCUUUGUGGUGGAGAAAUGCCAUCGUCACUGGGAUAUUCAUCUUAACAUGGUACGCAUUUGCGACCCUCUUAUCGCUCUACAACAAGUGGAUGUUCUCACCGCAAUACUACAACUUUCAAUAUCCAUUAUUCGUGACAGCAUGCCAUAUGGUUGUACAGUUUACUCUGGCAAUGCUGAUCAGAUUGAUUUGGGCAGACAAGUUUCGGCCCAAAGAGAGGCCCACGAGGAGAGACUAUCUGACAAAGAUCUUGCCUACAGCGGCAUCUACUGGUGGCGAUAUAGGACUGUCAAAUCUGAGUUUGAAGACCAUCACCUUGAGUCUCUACACCAUGUGCAAGUCUUCGACGCUUAUUUUCGUCCUCAUCUUCGCCUUUGCCUUUCGCCUCGAAACCUACUCUCUCCGUCUCAUAUCGGUCAUCUCCCUCAUCUCCUUUGGUGUCUUCUGCAUGGUUUUCAACACUACCGCAGUCUCUAUCCCCGGUGUCCUCAUGGUCUUUUCUGCUUCCGCUCUUGGUGGUUUACGCUGGGCGUUGACCGAGCUGGUGAUGCACAAGAAGGCAAUGGGGCUUUCGAACCCUUUUGCGACCAUUUUUUGGCUAGCGCCGCUAAUGGCACUGGCGCUAGCAGUUGUAAGUAUGAUUGCGGAAGGGUGGUUUGGGAUUCUGAGGAGUGAGUUUUUUGACGGGUGGAGGGCGGUAGAGACUGGAGGUGUCAUUGUGUUGCCGGGGACAUUGGCUUUCGCGAUGGUCGCGAGUGAAUACUUUGUCAUCCAGAGGGCUGGUGUUGUUCCGCUUUCGAUUGCGGGUAUUUUUAAGGAAGUGUCAACUAUCUCUAUCUCGGCUUGGGUAUUUGGAGAUCAGUUGACGACGUUCAACAUCAUUGGAGUGGUUAUCACCAUCACUGGUAUCGCCUUGUACUCGUUCCACAAGUACCAGAAAUCCAUAUCCUCUACCGUCGAGCUAGACGCGGAAGGAAAACCUAUUACCACAGACGACUCUGUCGAACCUCUUAUGGACGCUUUCGACAUUCGACACUCUUCUGUCGGUAAUCGCCAGUCUUAUGAGCAUGACCCGAUGACAUUGACCACCAACAACGUUCCUCUAUCUUACCUUUCCUCGUCAGCCAAUCCUUCUUCACACGACGUCCCACUGACAACAACGGAAGAGAGAGGGAGAGAAGAGGAAGAGGUGAACAAGGCAAAGAAUGACUUUGAAGGGUGGGAUCGGCCGGGAGAAUGGAGUGGGGAUGAGGAAGAGUUGGAAGAAGUUGACGAGGAAGAGGUGGAGCUCAGAAGGCAGGAGAGAGAAGGACAAAAGAAUAAACAAGGCAAAUGGGCAGAGUGGUUAGACAAGCAGAUGUAGAUUAGUUUGUAAUCAUAAGGUAAUUUCGGGAUUACGGUGCACUUUUUUCUUUGAUAGAAUCACGAUGUGAUGGUACAUAUUAUAGCUAGC